UGGCUGUCGGUGCAACAGAACUGUGAUAGAGUGACAUGACGUUUCUGUUGUUUGUUAAAAAGUGUUGAAGUGUCAUGUGAGGUUAUGAGCAGAACAAAGAUUACUUCAGCUGGUGGAACAUAAUGCCUUUUCUCAACGUACAAUUAGCUGAAGGGCUUCAUUAGCAAUUGAAUGAAUUCAGCGAAAGUAGUGCAUCUAUAUUGGCCACGAGGGGUUGCUUGCUAGACUGUUUGAAAGGAGCAGCUGCUGCAGGGAGCCAUGGCAUAUCACUACCAGACCUCCCUGGGAAGGUCCCUCUCAGUGACAAGUCUACAAGGAAUUCAAGUCCGUCUUGGUGAGCGCUUCAAACCACCAGAGAAAGUUUCAUUGCCCCUUGGUUAUAAGGAGCCCAAUCCAUCUGCAGCUCUUAAUGCAACACAGUACUCGCUUGAGACAGAGAGCACCUUCCUCCAAUGGUUAAAUGCAAAGAAAGUCUCCGAUGCAGCCAAGGAGGCCAGCCGAAGACAGGCCCUUGAAGAGCAGAAGGCAGCGGCAACGAGUCCAGCGCAGCUCCCGAAUGGCAUCCUGCAACCGACUGAUGCCAAAGGGUCUUCGUCUGAACCCCCAACCAACUCCAUCCCACCGAUACCCAGCCUCGGGAGCGGUGGUAUACUAACGCCCGAGACCUUGGCAACUAGCAGCAGUCGGCUCCCCGUCGCACCGGUGAACCGCAAGCGUAUGUACGACCUGGCAGAUUUUGAAAACAAUGCGUCCGACCCGUUUGAGUCAACAGAACUUGAAACGCUGAACGAUAUGGAGGAAUUGAAAAGCGUGCUAGCCAAUACCAACGUCCCGGUUCGAACUGGGGGAGUAAGGACAGAACAGCCACUUCAUUCGCCUGAUCUGUCAGAGGAAACCGAGCCUGCGUCAUCAGAAGUGACAGAACUUGCAUCGGUUAUUGUUCAAACGUCAAAUAAACAAGUUUCAUACAAACCAGAUAAGCCAAAGCCAGUCUCAAAACCUACAGGCCUUUCAACAGGACCCAAUACUCAAGUGCCUAAUGGAAGUAAAAUCCCUAGCACCUCAAGUACACCAAAUAUAAACCCAGAUCCCUUUGGACGGAGUCCCUUACCCCCGAUCCACUCAUCUCGGAGUGACAGCCAGGUGUCACCUCAGGAGAGCAAUGACAGGUUGAUAUCAAGAGGUCUGGCUGCAACUAACUCUUCCCAGCCUCAACGAGGGAGAUCGCCGCCGCCCAAUUAUUAUGCUCCGGAUUUUACUUCUAGCAGAACGUCACCAGUAGUUAGUCCUGUUGAGCCUCCACCUGGCUAUCCACAGUGUGUGUCUUUAGAGGAAGUCAGCUGUUCGUCUUACCCAGAUCUUGACUUAGAGAAUCUUAACAGGUACACCCCACUCCCACCGCCCCCGCAUCAGUCGCAUGUUACCGCUUUGGACUUUGGCCAAUCACCUGUACCAGAUCCUAUCUUCGACAACCUCAGUGCAGAGGAUCGGGCGUUCGUAGCCAAUAUUGCAGCGAUGGGAUUCCCACGAUCUCGGACAGCGAGGGCGGUUCAGCAGCUUGGACACGACGACAGAAUUGUUGUAGAAUGGCUGUGUUCAGUGGAUCAUCUAUGCAGUCAAAGAUUCCCUGAAGACAAAGUGGAAAUUGCUCUCAGCUUACAGAACAACAACCGAGACAAGGCGCUAGAAUUCCUUCACCUUUGGCAACGGUUUGAGGAGCUUGGUUUCAAGUCGGAGGACAUCAGACGAGAGCUCAUUGUGCACGGCAACAACGAAAAUGAGGUUCUCAAUGUAUUGAUGGCAAAGAGCUGAGGCCACACUCAAGCCCUUUUCACACUACUCUAUUCCCCGGGGACAGCCUUUGGGAAUAAUGGCCGGCCCUUUCACACUGGCAUCGAUUUACCCCUGAUCUACCCCGGCAAGUUUCCAUACCCUGGGGAAUAGCCACCCCUGAGUAGGGGUAAGCGGCAAACCCUGGGGUAUUCUUGAACCGUGCAACAGACAUGCCAACUAGUACGUUUUCCCCGUAUUUCGUACGGGUUUUUGUAAAAAAAUACAGGUGUGCAGGUUAUGCAAAAAAAAUAGGGUUUUGAGCAUCGCCACCGCAAAAAUACAGUUUUCUCCCCGUUGGCCGCCAGGCCCUUUUUUAACCCAAGUUCAAUAUUUUUUAUUGACGCAAAUAAGUUUUCGGCCGAGUACUUACGGCCGACAAUGAUUAUCCAGUGAACUCUAUUCCUGUUGUAUUCCUUAUGCAACUUUCACCACACAUUGAGUGCAACGGAUAUUCCCUCGCAUCCAUCAUUGCACGCACGCUAGUAGCGCAAACCUGCAUUGCAUAAUAGGAUCUACACACCAGUUUAUCUGACGCUCCAAUUUCAUAGGGGGUUGAAACUACGUUACGCAUGUUUCAUCAAAAAUACAGGUUUUUGAUGCAAAAUACAGGUUUUGGGGUUUGGGAAUACAGUUUUUAGAACCCAGAGGUUGGCAUGUCUGGUGCAACCAAAACUCGGUGCAAUAAGGGCCUAGGGGGGAAGGGGGG